AAUUAGCUUCUUUUUUUUUUGCAAAAAAAUAUAAAUUAUUAAUUUUAUCACAAUGAAAUUGUUAAUUGUGAUUGUUGCAUUAGCUACCAUUGUUUACGCUCAAGAUGGAUAUCCAUCAACUGGUUUGAAUAUCGAUGAAGCUAUUAAAAAUCUUGAUCUAUUUAAAAAUUAUAUUUCAUGUCUUGAUAAUACUAGACCAUGUUCGCCAGAAGGUGAACAAAUCAAAAAAAACAUAGGUGAAGCUGUAGCAACAUGCUGUGCAAAAUGUAAUCCAAAACAAAAAGAGGAAUUUAGUAAAGUAUACCGACAUUUGGCAACAGCUUUACCAGAUGGAUUAGAUCGUCUUCGAAAAUUAUACGAUCCAACUGGUGUAUAUGAACCAGAAUGUAGAAAACAAUAUGCUGCUAGUCAAAAAUAAAUUUUACUUUGAUUGUAAAUGAAAUUUUUAUGUACACUUAAAUUUAAAAAAAAAAUGAAUCUUUACUUCAUAGCCUUCCCAAAAUCUAUAUUAAUAAAACUUUGAAAAGAUGCAUUUGAGAACACAAAACACUGAUAUUUCAUAAAUUAAUAU